GUGAAGCCUCUCGCACAGAGUAGCACAGCCGUCGGCCAUGUUUCCCUCAUGAUUAGAAGAUGGACUCUUCGAUCCACCAUUCAGCCAAAGCAUUGCAUCCGGGGAUUUGCAAGCAGUACCAGAACCAUGGCCAUGGCGAGGACAUAUGCGGACGCCGUCGCGUCCCUCAACACCCUGCAGUCAAACUUCGCCAUCGUUGAUGCGAUCCGCAAGUCGGGAAGAAAAAUGAAUGAUCAAGCAAUCCCGGAAAUGAUCGAGUGGUGCAGAAAGAUUGGUUAUCAGCCCUCUGACUUUGACAAAAUCAAUGCGAUCCAUAUCGCCGGAACCAAGGGCAAAGGAUCCACCGCAGCAUUCACCUCGUCCAUCCUCUGUCAAUUCAUUGGUCAACAGAGUGGUGAGAGAAGAUUAGAAAAAGUCGGACUCUACACAUCUCCGCACUUGCGAUUUGUGCGCGAACGCAUCCAACUCAAUGGCGAGCCCUUGUCAGAGGCACAAUUCGCCAAAUACUUCUUCGAAGUAUGGGAUCGGCUCGAGAAGGCCGCCCAAGACGCGGGCAUCGAUCCGAGUUCCCCUGGCACGAAACCGGUAUAUUUUCGAUAUUUGACCCUCAUGGCAUUCCACACCUAUGUGAGUGAAGGAGUCGACGCCGCCGUCAUUGAGUGCGGCAUAGGCGGACAGUAUGAUAGCACAAACGUGAUCGAAGCCCCGACGGUGACAGGCAUCACCAGUCUUGGGAUCGAUCAUGAAGCAAUGCUUGGGUCGACGAUUGACCAGAUUGCAUGGCAUAAAGCAGGAAUCAUGAAAAAGGGUGUCAAAUGCUUCACGACAGAUAGCCAGCUAUCAGAUGCCAAAGCUGUACUGGAAAAAGUUGCUCUGGAGAGGGAGAGUCCACUUGUCUAUGUCGACGUUGAACCCGAAAUUGCCAAUGGCGACAUCCAGCUCGGUUUGCAAGCUGAGUUUCAAAAGACCAACGCCAGUAUCGCAGUGUCACUUGCCCGCGAGUGGCUCGUUCAGAAAGGUGUCGAAGUGAAUAAAACUAGAAUCAGACGAGGUCUUGAACAAGUGCGUUGGCCAGGACGAUGCGACACACGUCGGGAACCGGGACUUCGAUGGUGUAUUGACGGAGGUCAUACUCUGGAAAGCAUUGAAUUGUCAGGGAAAUGGUUUGCCAGCGAGCUCCUGUCGGCUUCCACGUCGACGGCAACAACUGAUCAUAUUCAACCACGAUUCCUGAUCUUCAAUCAACAGACUCGCGAUGCCGCAGCACUGGCUAAAGCACUCUUCAAGACCCUCUCGACUGCCCUUAACGACCAACAUCCCUUCACUCAUGCUAUUUUCUGCACCAACACCACUUUCAAAGAAACCGGCUUUCGACCGGAUUUGGUGUCGGUAAAUACCAACGCCUCAGACGUCGAGGCGUUGAAAGUCCAAAAUAACCUGGCCGCGACUUGGAAGAGUAUCGAUCCGGCAGCUGAGGUUCAUGUUGUGCGAACCAUCGAAGAGGCCGUCGACCUUGUUCGCGGCUCUGUCAAACAACAAGGCCAGGGAGACGAGGUCACAGCUCUUGUCACGGGCAGUCUUCAUCUCGUCGGUGGCUUUUUAGAAGUACUGGCCAGUACAGGCGAAUAGAAAGAAGAAAGACACGCCCAGGCCGUUCACAGUCGGACAAAUACAUGCACUACAGAUGCGUGCAGAUACCAUCAACUGGUAUCAUCGUCAAUGUCUUUGAAAUGAAAGGUAGAAUUUAAGAUGAAGAGCAAUCUUCAUAUUCGAAUCAUUGGCCUUACGCUCAGGCCAUGCGUAGUGUCUCGCUUGUACAUUAUAUAAUAUCAUUUCG